AUGACGGAGCCGGAAGCGGAGGAGGAGAAAAGGCCGAGUCAGGUCGAGGUAUUUGUUGAUUUCGUUGAGAGUUGGUUUGACCAGCGGAAGGCGCGCCAGAAGCCGAAAGCCAAGGCAGCUCCAGCUCCGAAAAAGGAUGAGAAGAGCGAUGUUGAAGCGGGCAAUGCGGAUGGAGAGAGUAAGGAGAAAAAGGAUGCAGGUAUUUUAGAUGUUGAUGGAGAUGGCGACGUUGACAUGGACGAUAUGCUUGCUGCGAUGGAAGGUGAUGUCGAGGGUGAGGCUGUGGACACCUUGGAACACAUGAAGACUCAUCGCCCCGUGUUCAUCACAUCGCAGCUGGUGAUUUGUGUGAUUUUUUGGCUGGUUGGUGCGGGCUAUUCUGCCGCUACAGAGGAGCAGGUCGACUUCCUGAUGUCACAGGGAGGCCUUGAAACCUUUGCAAAAGGUUGGACGGCAGUGCGAGUUCAUGAGGACAGCAACGUGGAAGGAACACGGGACAUUUGA